UAGAUCGGGGAUGUGACAUUCACCAUCAUAAUCCAAUCUUAAUGAUGGGAACGUGCUCCCCAAAGACAAUUGUGACAGCUAUGGACACACUACAUUGUACAUCGUAGCCCUACAUGUAGUGUGUAUUGCCAAAGAUGCCUAUAGGGAUGUAAGGAGAUGAGCUUGAUGCAGUAAUUGCACACGUUUCCUGUCUGUGCAGGCUAUCUGAACAACAGUUGUUAAGAAACCAACAUUAUCACAGCUUAGAUGUCAAGGGGGUGUGUAUGCAGGUGCAUGAUAUGCAACAUCCAUCCUUGCUGAAGCUACAGCUAUUGCUGAGCUACCGUCUGGUAUAGACAUACAUUAAAUGUAAUGACAUUUUAAAUGUAGUCUACUGAUUAGACAAACCAUGUCAGGAGAGUUUGAUGAUUUGGUCAAACAGGGAUACGUACGUACACGAAGUCGCAAUCUUGGGAUAUGGCAGCGACGUUGGGUGCAGUUCAAGAAGGUAUCCAGUAAAGGUCCAAAGCGACUUGAGAAAUACAUUGAUGAGAAGUCUGCUCUUUGUGGUGGAUUGCACAAAGUCAUCUUUCUUGACCUUGAAGUCUCAGCUACUAGACUUCCUCGUGAGACAAGACGAUACGCAUUUGCAAUCAACUUUAAAAAUGAUGUAACCAAACAUUUCUGCUGUGACUCAGAUACAGAAGCUGAUGACUGGUGUAAGGUAUUGUGUCUUGGCCUUCACUCAACAGAGCAGUGUGCAAUACAAAACCAGGAGCCUGACUUAUUGUUGUGUGGACUUCAUAAAGAGCAAAGUGAGAGAUUUCAUGUCAAUCUUAAUCCUACACCACAAUUGUCGAUUGCUGGGGAGUGCACACUUCAAGUCACGGAUGAGAAUAUUUACCUAUGGGAUGUAUACAAUGUGCGACUCAAGCUAGCAUCAUGGUCAUUGCAAUCAUUACUACAAUAUGGAAGAGAUACUACAAGAUUCAUAUUUCAAGCUAACAAAUAUUGUGAGAGUGUAGAAGGUCUCUUUACAGUACAGACAGUAAAUGGAGAAGAAAUCUACCAGAGAGUACACCUGGCAUCAAUUGCCAUCGCAGAAAUGUCAGACAGAAUCAAUCAAAGAGAACAACACAACUAUCAACCCCAAUACGUUCCUAUGGAUGGAUGUAACGACACAUUCAUAGAGUCUACAUCUCACCUCAACUCAACAGAUGAGAAUGGUAAUGAUUGCACAGUUAUUUAUAGACAGCAACCAUUCAAGAACCACAAUGCAACAUCAUUCCACUUACCACUUGAUAAAUUGAGUCAGUGUGCAACCAGUUCAUCAAAGGUAUCAUCAUCAUCAUUAUCACCCUAAUCAACAUUGCCAUUACCACUAGCAUCAUCAGCAACAUCUUCAUCAUCUGGUUCUAGCAGUAUUCAUCAUAUCAAGCCUUUUGGCUAUUGAUCUCUUGCAUGCCGCACGUACAUGCGCAUAUCCUGUACACUAUUUGGGGAGUCAAAAUGUACACAAUGGAAUUUACCCCCAAAAUAGUGGAAAGGGUAAAUACGCAUUGAGUGUGGAGGUGCAUUCCAAGUUUCCAAGGGGUCUUGGUCGACCUAAUUGCCAACUUAAUGUGUCAGGAUUUACCUUUAACCCUGAAACCUCUGUAUCCUUUAAUGUUUAUUAAUUAGUCUUUUCUAAAAAUCUUGUGCUACAAUGGUCAUUCAUUGACCACCAUCAGUAUCUUAAUGACUCUCUAACAGACGCCUUGCAUAAUGCUACAUGACGCGCACGUUACACGCACAAAGAACAGCUAUCGUCCAAUCAUUUGCCUCCUUUGACCCUAGUCAGGGCGCUGUUUGAGCAUGUGCCCCAACCCUCUUUUUUAGUGACCAUGAUUGACCUUGAGGUGGGAAAUCUUCAAAAUACAUAUUUGUUAAUCAGAAGAGCAACUGUCAAAACACAAUGCAUGGCAUGUCACCUCAAACUUUUCUGAGACCCUUGAUUUGCUACAUUCAAAAUUGCUAUAGCUUAUGAAGGAUUCAAAGAAUUAACAGGUCCCAUAGAACUCAGCUAACUGCCCAAGAAACACAUCGGGCAACAAUUGUAUGCAUCAAAUAUUUGUACCUGACCAUUUGUCUGGGGCUCUUAUCGCCCUCUUAUUAAAGGUCACACGUGGCAGUCAUCAACACAUCAUUGCUCAUCUUAAUAAGGGAAUCAAUGUGUGGUGAAGAGGUUUUCAACUAGUGGUUUAAUCCCAACUAGGCCUGGUUCUUGAUAA